AUGACGAUGUACUUUCGAGUUGGAAGGUUUGCGCCAGUUAUCGAGCGAAAAAGCCUUACUUCUCCAAAGAACACCCAACAAAUCAGUCUAGAUAUGCAUCUGAAGCCGAUCUUCACCAAGACACUCUCGCAAACAGAUGUUGAAUGCAGGAUGACCAUUCCAAUGAGUAGCUUCGGGAUUUUCCAAAUUCCUGAAGGAGAACACUCCAAACAAUUUGUUUUUAUUGACAUAAUUACUGAUGUCUUGUGGAAAUUCCAAUGUUCCACAAGAAAAAAGAUCCCCAUCCCAAACCAGUCCUCUGUGCAGGUUGGACUAAGUAUGUGCAAGACAAGGGUCUAA